GGCGGCGGCGGCGCGGCCCGGGCGGCAGGCGCGGCAGCGGCGCUAGCCCGGCCCUCAGCCCCUCCUCGCGGUCCCGCCUCCGCCUCUCCCACCUUGCCCGGUAUGGAUCUGCCCGUGGGCCCGGGCGCGGCGGGGCCCAGCAACGUCCCGGCCUUCCUGACCAAGCUCUGGACUCUCGUGAGCGACCCGGACACGGACGCGCUUAUCUGCUGGAGCCCGAGCGGGAGCAGCUUCCACGUGCUCGACCAGGGCCAGUUCGCCAAGGAGGUGCUGCCCAAGUACUUCAAGCACAGCAACAUGGCCAGCUUCGUGCGGCAGCUCAACAUGUAUGGCUUCCGCAAGGUGGUGCACAUCGAGCAGGGCGGCCUGGUCAAGCCGGAGAGGGACGACACCGAGUUCCAGCACCCCUGCUUCCUGCGCGGCCAGGAGCAGCUCCUGGAGAACAUCAAGAGGAAAGUGACCAGCGCCCCUUCCCUGGAGGCCAGCUCAGCGGCUCUGCCCCUGGGUCCCCAGGUGUCCACCCUGAGGAGUGAGGAUAUAAAGAUUCGCCAGGACAGUGUCACCAAGCUCCUGACCGACGUGCAGCUGAUGAAGGGGAAGCAAGAGAGCAUGGAUUCCAAACUGCUGGCCAUGAAGCACGAGAACGAGGCCCUGUGGCGGGAGGUGGCCGGCCUGCGGCAGAAGCACGCGCAGCAGCAGAAAGUCGUCAACAAGCUCAUCCAGUUCCUCAUCUCGCUGGUGCAGUCCAACAGGAUCCUGGGGGUGAAGAGAAAGAUCCCCCUGAUGCUGAACGACGCCAGCUCCGCACAUUCCAUGCCCAAAUACGGCCGGCAGUACUCCCUGGAGCACAUCCACGGCCCGGGCCCCUACGCGGCUCCAGCCCCAGCCUACAGCGGCCCCAGCCUCUACGCCCCAGACGCUGUUGCCAGCUCCGGACCCAUCAUCUCCGACGUCACUGAGCUGGCCCCCAGCAGCCCCUUGGCCUCCCCCGGCGGCAGCGUGGACGAGGAAAGGCCCCUGUCUGGCAGCCCCCUGGUUCGAGUCAAGGAGGAGCCCCCCAGCCCACCUCGCAGCCCCCGGGCAGAGGCUGCUGGUCCCGGGCACCCGUCCUCCAUCGUGGAGACGCCCCUGUCCCCCACCGCCCUCAUUGACUCCAUCCUGCGGGAGAGCGAGCCUGCGCCUACCGCCUCGGCCACCCUGCUCCCGGACACGGGGGGCCACCCCCCCUCGCCCCUACCCACCUCGGCCCCCGAGAAGUGCCUCAGCGUAGCCUGCCUGGACAAUUGGGCUCGCGCUCCACAGAUGUCUGGGGUCGCCCGCCUCCUCCCCUGCCCCUCCUCUCUGCAUGGCCGAGUCCUGCCAGGGACUGAGCUCAGUGACCACUUGGACGCCAUGGACUCCAACCUGGACAACCUGCAGACCAUGCUGUCGAGCCACGGCUUCAGUGUGGACACCAGCGCCCUGCUGGACCUGUUCAGCCCCUCGGUGACGGUGCCUGACAUGAACCUGCCCGACCUUGACAGCAGCCUGGCCAGCAUCCAGGAGCUCCUCUCUCCCCAGGAGCCCCCCAGGCCCCUCGAGGCAGAGAGCAGCAGCCCUGACUCAGGGAAGCAGCUGGUGCACUACACGGCGCAGCCCCUGCUCCUGGUGGACCCGGGCUCCGUGGACGUGGGGAGCAGCGACCUGCCGGUGCUCUUCGAGCUCGGGGAGGGCCCCUACUUCUCCGAGGGGGACGACUACACAGACGACCCCACCAUCUCCCUGCUGACGGGUUCUGAGCCCCCCAAAGCCAAGGACCCCACUGUCUCCUAGAGGCCCCAGGGGGAGGGCGGGCCUCCCGGUGCAGCGCUGGCCCGGGCCCCGCACGCCUCACUCGGACUGACCAGCACACGGGUGUUCAUAGAAUUGUAUUUUGGAUUUUUACACAAGACUCCCCCUUCACCUCCCGCACAGAUAGACAGAUAUACGCGUGGACAGACGGACGGACGGACGAGACGGGCAGAGAUCUAUAAACGACAGGCUCUGUG